UUCAAAACUCUAAUCCUAACUCAGAUUCAUCUUCAUCUUCAUUACCAACUUUCAAUCAUCAUCAUCAUCAAUUCAUGAAUUCAUCAAUCUUAUCUAAUCAUAAUCAUAAUCAUCAAGGUAGUAGGACUUUUAGUAACAAACAUCAUGCUCAAAUUAUCGAAAUCUUGGCAAACAUACCUAAUCAAUCAACCCAUGAAGAAAGGAAUUCGAAUAAAGAAAGUCUUUCGACUAAUCCUGUAACUCGAUUUGAAGAUUCAUUUUAAUCUACAUCAAACUUCCCUCCAAAAAAACCAUAAACUGAUCAUGUUCUUUAUGUGAUGUUCUUUUGGAUGAAUCGUUUCAUCUUUAGUCAUCCUACUUUACGAUCAACUCAAUCAACACAUGUCUCAAGUCCUUCAUCUACCCGUCCACAUCUCAAUCCGAAUCUGUUUUCCUCUACAUCACAAGAAGAGCCCUUAACAAUGAACUCGAUGAUCUCUACUACUACUGGAUAUCAUCCUUCUUCCUCUCAAUCUCUUGAUCAUCAAGCUCAAAGAAUACCAUGGUCAAGCUCGCAUGAAGAUGGUUCGAAUGAACGAGAAGAGCCUAUUGCAGGCUCCUCACAUACUCAUUGGAACCCACCUCGAUCUAGAUCAUCUUCACCACAUAAUCAAGACCCUCAAGCUGAUUCGAAUCCAUUACAUUCUACUACUACGGAGAUCAAUCAUGAAGAUGAACUUAAUUCAAAGAUUGAUAAGAGGUUAGCUGAAGCUUCUACACUUGCUUGGAAUGAUCAUGUAACUGGAAACGAAGGGAGUGAUGCUUGUACGAAUGGGAAUGGGAAUGGAGAAAGUGUGGAUCGGAAUUCAGAUCAGUGGAAACAGAAUCGAAAGAACAAUCAUAAAGAAGUAGAACGUAGAAGAAGAGAAACGAUCAAUGAAGGUAUAACCGAAUUAAAAAAGAUAAUCCCAGGAACCGAAAAAAAUAAAGGAGAGAUUUUAAAACAAGCAGUGAAGUAUAUCCAAGAAUUAAAAGAAACUGAAGAAAGGAAUCAAGAUCGAUGGAGAUUAGAGAAAAUCAGAUUAGAAGAAUCUAUACAAGAACAGAGUAAUAAAUUUGAAACUCUUUCAAGAGAUUAUCUUAAUUUAGAAGCUGAGAAUGAAAGUUUAAAACGUUGGAUCAUCGAAUUAGGUGAAAAGAAAACUCAAUCUAUGCCGUUCAGAAGAGUUCGAGAAGAACAAGAGGAAGAAGAAGAAGAAGAUCAUGAUCAUCAAAGAGUUCCUAGUCGAACUUCUUCUGAACCUACUAGAAUCGAUCCACAAAGGAAUUCGACAUCAAAUAAGACCAUUCCAGCGAUUUAUAUUCAUAAUCCUCAACACCAAGAAACCGAAAGUAAUAUACAUCAUUUACUUAGGACUGAAACAGAAGAAUUUGGAAUGAAACGGUCUACCGAUAAUGAUGAUAAUGAUCAACCAAAUUCUUCAAAAAAAUUUAAACUAAACUAAUCUUACUCUUCUUCUUUCAUAUCGUGUUCUAUUCAUGAUGAUAUCUUCAUUUUUAUUUUAUACUUGUAACACAUUGUUUUGCUUUGAUUUAUGGGUUUUUUUUUUGAGAUGUAUACAAAUUAUAGGAAAGAAUGAUGAUAUAUCAAUACAUACAUCAAUAUAAAUACUU